CGCGCCGGGCGGCCUCUCGCACCUCCUUGUUUGUUUUCCUCCUUCGUCCGUCCCGCUCUUUGUCUCCACCUAUCUUGGUUUACUCCGGGUGUUUACCCCCACGGCGAAACGGACGAUUGGCUUAGUUGUACGAGCGGCGUACAACGCUUGACGCGGGCUCGUUCGGUCGUUCUCUUCGGCGGAGGCCUCGUGUGGGAGAGAGCCGGAGUGAGAGGGGCAGACGGCUAGAGAGAGACGGCGGCCGCGCGUAGCUUGUAGGGAAAGGCGGAGAGAGGAAGGAGAGCAGUAGCUAGCCGGUGGUGCGUCGUCGUCGUGCGCUUCCUAACCUCCAAAACCGAGGCUCCUCGCCGACCGCCGACGCGACGUACGAACGGGCCGAGCAAACGACGCCGCCAGCUCGACGCGCGCGCGCGCGUGUGUGUGUGUGUGUGAGAGUGUGUGCGCCCGUAUUUUCCCUGUCACAUUGUCCCCGCGUAACGAUUCGUAACGCGGUCCGCAGUCGACGCCCGUCAUCCUCGUCGCCGCCGACGUUUCGCAGUGACUCGACAAACGGCUUGUGCUUCUCGCGCGUGUGUCACCGCGCGGCGGAAAAGUCCCCGCGGUCAAGCCGAGGGAGAGAGAGAGAGCGAGAGCUCCUCCGCAGUUUCGGCGUCGGUAAACUCGUGUCGCCGCGCUUUUGUGAGUGAGAGACGAAGCCGGAGCGCGGGCCAAGAAGCCACGGGCCGCGACCGCCGAGCGCACGGAUAUCCCACGGAAUUUCGCCUGGACAUUCCUUCCAUCGCUGCCGCCACCGCCGCCGCCGCCGCCGCCGCUCGGGAGCCUACCGUGGACACGGUAGGUCUAAUAGGCAAUAGAAUUGUGUGUUCGAUACACCGACGGAAAAUACGUGUGAAGAAUUUAGACAGUAUGAUGAUGACAAACCUACCCCCUGUUAUGCUGCCACCCAUUACGGACUACGGAAUGCUGACGCCUACCCUCGGAAUAAAGGUGAGUGUCCAGGAAUUCCAGUACGCGCGCGGGACGGGCGCGUCCCUGACGAUGAGGGGUAGUGACGAGCUUCUAUCGCAAAGCGGGGCAGUCAGCAAUGGUGCUUCAAUGAGUCCGCAACCUCAUCACACGGCCGACAACAACAAUGACGCCAAGAAGGUUAAGCUCGACAAGAGUCACAGCGGCAAACCUUCCAGAGUCAUUCAUAUUAGGAACAUACCUAACGAGGUGACAGAGGCAGAGAUCAUCCAUCUGGGCCUGCCGUUCGGCCGUGUCACCAAUGUGCUUGUUCUCAAGGGCAAGAAUCAGGCGUUUCUUGAAAUGGCGGACGAGAAUGCUGCGGCGACCAUGGUGACCUACUACGCUUCCGGUGUGGCCCAACUCAGAGGCAGAGCGGUCUACGUGCAGUUCAGCAAUCACCGUGAACUCAAGACGGAUCAAACGCACUCCAACAACGCGGUCAGUAGCCCAACAAAUGAUGUCGCCAACACUUCUGAGAAUUCGAACAACCAGGUCGCGAUCGCCGGGCAAAAUCAAGUGUCAGGUGCUGGCGAGACUCAGGGCGGACCCAACACCGUACUCCGAGUCAUCGUGGAGCACCUGCUCUACCCGAUCACCCUCGACAUACUCUAUCAGAUCUUCACGCGCUUCGGCAAGGUUCUGAAGAUCGUCACUUUCACAAAGAACAGCUCCUUCCAGGCACUAAUACAGUACGCGGACAUGCUGUCGGCGCAGACCGCUAAAUUCUCGCUCGACGGACAGAAUGUCUACAACUCCUGCUGCACGCUGCGUAUCGACUACAGUAAGAUGCAAAAUCUGAACGUCAAGUACAAUAACGACAAGUCCCGGGAUUACACCAACCCGAAUCUUCCGACCGGCGACGCCAAUCUGGAUGCGGCGUCGCUCGCCCUCGGCGGCGAGUUGCUGCUCAUGGGUGCCGGUUCCCAGCCACGUGCCAGAAUACCCGUAGAGUCCAUUGCAGGGGCACCGGGUGUGCUGCCCACGCCCUUCACUAUGCACGGCCUCGCUUCACCCUUGGCCGGCCCCUACAACGGCGUGCCCCCGCCUGGCGGUCUCGCCGGCCUCGGCGGAUUCCCGCUCGGUGCGGCUGGUCUAGGGGUCCGUGUGCAGGGAAGCGCGCAAGCAUCGGCCGUGCUGCUCGUCAGCAAUCUCAACGAGGAGAUGGUCACGCCUGACGCUCUCUUUACCCUGUUUGGCGUUUACGGGGAUGUACAGCGUGUGAAGAUCCUCUACAACAAGAAAGACUCGGCACUAAUACAGAUGGCCGAACCUCAUCAGGCGCUUUUAGCGCUGACCCAUAUGGACAAGUUAAGGGUGUUUGGGAAGCAAAUCAAAGUAAUGCUCAGCAAACACCAAACGGUCCAAUUGCCAAAAGAAGGCCAGCCUGACGCGGGCCUCACGAAAGAUUACACCAACAGCACCCUUCAUCGAUUCAAGAAACCCGGCUCAAAGAAUUAUCAGAACAUCUAUCCGCCGAGCGCGACGUUGCAUUUAUCAAACAUUCCGGCUACGGUAGCGGAGGAAGAGAUCAAGGAUGCUUUCACCAAGAACGGCUUCACCGUGAAAGCCUUCAAGUUCUUCCCGAAGGACAGGAAGAUGGCUCUCAUACAGAUGCCUAACAUGGACGAUGCCGUGGCUGCGCUGAUCAAAAUGCACAACUACCAGCUUAGCGAGUCCAAUCAUCUCAGAGUGUCGUUCUCCAAGAGCAACAUCUAACAAGAAUCGCCACCGCACGAGCAGCAGUGGUACCAGCCGUACGCCCUAGUCCCCCUUUGGUCACCCGCUUCGGUCUACGACUGAUGGUCCCGUAGUUGGAUCCGCUCAAGUGCUCGUCCGUUCCUGCGAGAAUCGCUACGCUAUUGUCGGCCGGCUGCACUGCGCGCGUGACCCAUGCGGGACUGCGUCGCGCAUUCGGACCUUGAAGCAGCACAAGUGGACAGGCGCUAACCCUCGUCCGAGCGAGCUUAGGAUGCUUUCGAGGCCUUGCCCUUGUUGUUGGGAUCUAUACAUCUAUACAUACGGCACGCACCUGUUUCCGCAUCCGGUUGAUUCUGACGAUUCGAGGGUUGCUAGGGUGUAUCGAGACGUACCAGGGCUGCAAGCGCUCAAGUUAGAUGACGAAGAUGCAAAUUUGCGACGGCCUUCUUGAAGGUAGUUUCCGGUGCUGGCUUUCGAGCACAUUAACGCGAUAAUUUCAUAAUUUUAACAAUGCGAAGAAUUUAGAAACAGACGAGGAUCACAGGGAGAGACAGACACAGAGAGAGAGAGAGGGAUAAUAAUGCGACAAAUAGAUCAUUCUUGUGAAAGCCAGAACCGUCAUCAGAGAAAACAAAAACAAACGUGAGAAAGAGAGAGAGAGAUAUGCAAACGAAGAGCCUAGCAGCCGUGCUAUAGGUAAAGCACGCGUAAGAAAAGAGAUUCAGAUUAGACGGGAGCGAGGAAACAACCUGUGGCGAACAGUCCUCGACUCUUGUACAGAGACGUUAGGGAAGAUAAGAUAUAUUAUUAUACAUGUAAAAUUCAUGAUCGCGCGGCCCGGACCGCUACAGUGAUUACGGUUAAGGGUUUUUCAAAGUUACGUGGACACAAGGGUGACCAUCUCGCGAUAAGCGCGCGCGACGGCGUCCGUAUAUCACUGUUCGGUAGUAGGUCUCCGGUAGGUCGGCGCGUUUGUUCGACGAGCGGACUCGUGGAGAGGGCCAAGCGGGGACGAAUGGACCGCGUGGCAUCCCGACGACGAGCGUCGUACGUUCGCGCGCGAUCGACGGCGGCCGACAGCCGUGAACCGGCAGCGUUUCCCACGAGACAAUCUUCAUUCUUCUGACGACCAAAUACAUGCGCGACCGAGCGUACUUGUUCGUGGCUUCCGUUCCGUUCGAGGGCGAGACAAUACGAUCGACGAUGCUGAUCGAUUGAGUACGACGGGAACGGCGUGUUUAAUUAACCGGGUAUCUAAGUAAGAAAAUGGCCAAUGUCACGGGACCUUUUGCAUGCUUUCACGAGGUACUACUACUUCGCCGACGAACCGAUCGCCCUCGUUGAUUUUACGUCGCGGGAUUGGCAGGCGGCCGAGAAUCAGAGAGGAUAGCUGUGGUUAGCGGUGGACCGUCAGAUCGGCCUUCAAAAUUCUUUCCGUAUCCGUUACCUAUCGCGAUUGGUUGAUCCGUUCGUAAGGCGGAAGCGAAGCAAUUAUCAAAGUCGUUUGUUGCGCGCUGAGAGCUAUUCUAUAAUAUCGGGCUACGGCCACUCUGAGCGUAUCCGGCCCGCUCAACCUACGUUUAUGCUUCUUCGCGGGGCGAGUCUCUUCGCUCCCGAAGGUACCUGCAGUAUUCUCGACUAUCCGGCGAAGUCGAACGCUUCUUAGGGGAGGUCGAGCGGCGCCUGAACGCCCGAUGGCUGACGACGAGUCCCUCGCUCCGAGGCCCACGCGACGCGUUUGCGCGCGUCACCGUACGGUCGUCGCAGAUGAUGGCAUUUUUAUAAUUUGUACGUUUCAGUUUUGGAGAUAAGUAUUAUAUCGCACCCGCACACGUAUCCGCGUCUUUACGAGACCGUACAAUUAUGCAGUUAUACGUACACAGGACACAUACAAGCCAAACACACAUACAUACACGUACAAUCACGCACGCGCCGCGCGCGAAGAUAAAUGUUUCGACCGCCCUCUGAUUUAUAUACACUCUCACACAGAGAUACACAUAGACGCAUAGGUACAACUGAAUGCGCGCAGAUUUCUUAGUUAGAAUAGAUGCUUAGGCGUGUGUUAGGAUCUUAAUCGUAUUAGUAAGCGACUAGAUAAGUAAUUGACUAGGAGAGGAAGGAGUGAACCGUUGAACAUAUCGCUAAUUAAAAGGUUUGCGGCGCGCGGGGCACGCGCGGAAAGUUUGCACCGCCGGUCGUGGCGGAUCGGCGUGACACCUCGGGACACCUCGAAGAUGGUUCGCGCCCGAUGGACGAUAUCCGUGUGCGAAGAGGAGAGAGACAUAUGUCCUAUCUUCGUGCCAACGGUAGGUCCAUCGUUCGACGAGCCUCGAGUCUACCCCUUCGAGAGUUCCUGAUAUCAAAGCAUUCCUUGAGUAGUCGGCGAUUGUGAGGAUGCCCCGUAAAUACGAGCGUAUAUCUCGAGGAAGUGCCGAAACUUUGCGGAUUAGUACUCGAGGUGGCCAGUCGUCGUUGUAAACACAGCAUAGAUACGCGGACACAUGGAAAGUAAUAAGCUAGAACCGUAUUUACGGGGAUUUAGUAGAAGCGUGCGAGACGUGUAGAGAUCGAUUGGGUUUUCGAGGUGUGUCUGGGUCGUCCUCGCCGAGAAGCGCGAGGCGGAAUUUCGAUCGGGCGCUGCGACAUCGAGGUCUCAUCUCUAUCAAGAGCGGAGUGUCCCGAGGUCCUCGAGCGGCGGAACGUGCCUCGCGCGCGCAUCGGCGAAGCCCGCGGGUUUCUGUCUACUCGACGUUCUGUUGGAGUCAAUUAAAUUUUACUUACAUAACAUAACUGAUCGUAGAGAGAAGUAGGAAGAGGAGUUUAGCGCAUGUUGGGACACUGUUAUGCGAAGGCGUAACUGGGCGAGCGAGCGAGCGAGCGAGCGAGAGAAAGAGAGAGAGAGAGAGAUUGCGCGAGUGCGAGAGAAACGGAGCGAAAGGGUUGUACUCGCGCGAGCCUAGUGUCGCGCGGCUCUGACGGAUGAGACCACGUAGAAGGGCGGGAAGAGGAGUUUCUCCAAGUCGCGAUAACCGUGAAGAAAGAAAGAAAAAAUAUUAAAGCGAAUGCCGGCUCGGGCAUGGUGUGCUGUUUGUGCCAAAGUAGGCUAGCAGUUAAAAUUCUAGAACGGGAUCUCUCUCGGCGAGCGGCGCGAAUAUGGGAUAUCCCUGUUCGAUCGCGCGGACGCCAAUCCCACGGGAGGGAGGGUUUUGUUCCCCCUCGCACGGAACGUCCCCCAUAGCGUUUCGCGGGAUUCCCCGCCCCCCCUCCGAUCGGCGAUCCCGCCUCGAUCGAGUACCGACCAAUCAGCUAGAUUUAUUUAGAGACGUAGCGAGUAGCCGGCAUGAGCGAAGGGGCCAGUCUUUGCAUCUAUGAUCUGUGUCUUUCGGACCUCCGAGUACUAUCAUUUACUUCGACUGCAUUUAUACAUUCUUAACCGGACGCGCGUGUCCGGGCGACCCGGACUGCAACGUCUGUCACACGAGAGGCAAUCGCGAGACUUACACCCACGCAAACACAGGACAGACACAUACGCACACGUAUAUAUCUAUUAAUAACACGAAAAUACUCCGCGAAUCGCCCACGGAUGUUCCGUACGGCGCGCGAUGCAGUUUUCAUUUCGGCCGAAUAAAAAGACAGCUUCUCCUCGUUUUCAGGUGGCUCGCUUAGUUCGCCCGCGUACCGAUCUAGGAAUUCGAGAGGCGCUUCUCGGUCCUACGCGGAUUCUACUUUGUCCGUUCCACUCGGAUCGUUUGUCUUUUUUCCCCGCGCGACACCUUUAGAGCGUCUUGUAUCCGCGCGCGCGCGCUGACGUUCGCACGUUCGUAUCUCCUUGAUUUUUAUCGCGGAACGUAUGCGCAAGAGUGCCACAAGGAUGGGGAAGAGAAAGGGGGGAGGGAGAGACUUCGUGCGGGAGCUUCCGUACAAUUCUUACUUCCGGCACGAAUAUCGUCUAAGCGUACCUGAACAGCUCGCACAGAGAGUGUUACUCGAUUUCCCGAGCUAUAUAUAUAUACAUAGAUAUUUCGAUUUAUAUAUGUACACGGACACACCCAGGACACAUAUACGUGUAUCUUUUCCGCGAGUCGCAACGUCGAGCACCCACCGCGUUCUUCACGCCAGAUUGCCGAUUACAUUUUGUCGCUUGUUGCCGGCCGUUUCUUAGCACAUUCCUGCCGCAACGGCAUGCGCGCCCGCGCCCGCUUUAUCCCCCUCUUUCUUCAGUUUUCCCCUCUCCCUCGUUCUCGGAAUUUCUUAUCGCGGCCCGAACGUUUCUUUUCCCCCUCCCUUCGUUCUUUCUCCCUCUUCUUUUGUUCUCUCGACGUCCACACCACGGUGACAAUCAGCUCUUCUGCACGCAGAAGGAGGAAUUCGGCGCGAGGGGGUUCCUUCCGAGCGUCGUCGCCAGAGUGACUCGCUUCGCGAGCCGUCUCUUUCUCGCGAUGGACUGUUUACUAGUAGAAAACGUACCGGAAACGGGGCAGCUAUAUACGGGAGCUAUAGAUAUCUACAGGGUGCCCGACGUUAAAUCGCGCACUUAUUCGGUUCAUUCUGUCGCCGUUACACAUUAGAGAUCGGCCUUCCUCCUUUCCGCUCGGACGGUCCUCGCGUGAUAGGCCCAAAAAAAAAAAGAAGGAGAGAAAAAGAAGAAAAGAGGAGGCACCCUGUAGACGGUUUAGAUCAGACUAUAUCACUAGCUGGGUUGAGGGGGGCCGAGGUGAGGGUUGGAGUAGCCAGCACUCGCUACAUGGUGUCGUAGAUUUAUUCAGACUCCGAAAUUUCCCCAGACUCGUCGCGCGAGGAAUCGGCCGGUAGUCGAGCGGGGGGUGCGGGCGCGCUCGCCUUCAUCCCCCAUCGCGACGCAGACGCUACCCUUUCGUGCAUGGGUCGUACGAUGGGUCGCGGCGAACGGGACGGACUUGUUAAUGGGGGCGGGAGAGAUUUCCGAGCGAGCGUUAAUCCCGACGCGAUUUCUCGUCGUAAGACCCUUAUUCGUCGCUCGUUGUUGCCGAGGGGGGAGUCACGCGGCACGGGGAGGAAUCGACGGCGCGGCGACGUCGGUGAGACAUCGCACUCGGACCAAGGAAAUUCGGGGUCUGGUAGAGAGCCACGUUAGUAGACGAAGCUUAGCCUACACAUCUACACAUACACACACACACACACAGAAGGUAUAUACCGAACUAUAUAUGUACGCUAGCAUUGCAAGCCAAGUACACACACGUGCGCGCGCGCGCGCGCUCCAGACGCACACCCAGGCUCACACGUACACACGGCACGUACAUUCACACGGACUUGUAUCCAUUAUAUAUUUGAUAUAUCGCAUUGUAACAGGUGUGUCCAAAAUGCGCAGCGGCUGCAUCCCGAUAAUCUAUAUUUUAUUAAUAAGGGAUAAGUCUAUAUAUAGGGUUACUAACGUGUUACGGAUUAUCACAUAAAUUAGAGAGAAGAUUAAUCUAUACAAAUAUAUAUUAUAUAAUGCGCGGCGGAGACUCAAGUACAUGGCGGCGAACAAGGAGGAGGACACGCACACAUACACGCGUACAUACGAUGUGCAACGUUAACGUGAUCGGAUAGAGAGGCGUGGGGGGGUAUAAAAAUAUAUGUAUAUGAUGAGUUUUAAAUGACUAUAUCUGUGCUAUAUCUUAGAUACAUCGUUGAGAAAAUUAUCGGGAUACGAUCUGCUUGCCUAACCGGGGCCUUAGGCGUCGUUUGUACCGAGAGAGAGAGAGAGAAUAGAUCGGAAGAGAGGUGUCCCCGUUUUCUCGCGUCAGGUUCUGUUUUUUUUUCCCCCGUGUGUUAGAGCUAGGACGUUCGCGAUUCGGAGGAGGCGUGGUCGCGAUAAAGCGGAGAACGCGACUCGCGAGUGAUUCCUUCUUCUAGUAUCGAGAGAACAAUUUGAAUGCUACGGUAACAGACGGCCAGCAGCAAGAAAACACCUUGACGACACGCACACGCAGCACACAAGACUACACGCGCUCUCGUUCACACGGGGAAACAGCUCGAUAAAAUUAAAAUAAGUAUACGUUACUUCAUCGCGAGAGGAGAGAAGCAUUUAAAAGACACACAGGGUCUCCAAAGUGCGGACGUGACGAAGGUCUUCGGUGUGCAGCGUCGACAGUGAGAGAGCAGAUCGUAGCCGAUUUUACACGGAGGAGUUUAGCAGGGUCGAGAUAGCGACCGGUCUCCACUUGCCGACACGUUGCGAUAUUAAGAUAAUCACAAUUGGACGACGCAACAGUGAAGCCUCCGAGUACCGAGAGAACGAGAAGAUCGUUUUUACUUUCGCCAUCAAAAUUCCAAUAGUUCGUUCCCGUUUGAUUUACUUGAGCUCUUACGCUGAGACCCUAUAGAUGCGCUGUGGCAACGCCUGCGGUAAGGCGAGUCGACCAAUCGGAAGCUUGCCGCAAGCUUCCCGCGUUGAAACUGAAAUCCUUCGAUUCGUUGCCGCACACGUUGUCGCAGUUCGGCGCGUUUCUGGAGGUCUUGGCUUUAGAUUCCUUCGAAUUGCGUUUACCGCACCGAUCGUUAUCUCGACCCUUUGAGUGUGGACGGGCGAUGAGAGUCCGCGCGCGAGGCUUCUUCCUCCGCAUGCGUGGCGUGCAUGGAUCGCUGAAACGCGCGGAUUAUACGCUGGUGUGCCUGUUGACUGAGCGACUCCGCGAUUUUCUUGCCUGCCCUCUUACUUUCACGAGAGUCACGCCAGUUUAGAUCUCGAGGACGAAGGGCGUGAGACGAGACGGUGGGACCGCGGACGAGUCAACUAUCGAACAGCUUGACAGCCAUCAUUUUACCUUCGUUCGCCCGCAAGGGUGCAGUUCGACCGGUCCUUACGUCUCGAGUUCUCGCGUUGGUUUUCUUACUUUAAGGGGGGGAGGGGGGAUAACGAAGAGAGAGAGGCCUCGAGCCGCUAUCAAAUAUUUCGAAUAGUACCGAGACUGUACCGCUGUCGCUAUCGCCAUGCCGAUAUACCGUAAGAGAUGAGGACGAACGUAGAGAUAAACGUACAAUUCAAUGGAGCCUAAUUUUCGAGGUGAUAAAGAGAGAGAAGUAGCGAGGCGGGGUGAUCGUUCAGAGCCUCCCGCGACGAGACGACAACCUCGUAGUCGGAAAUGUAGGGUAUCUGUUUGUUUCUUCUCGAUUAGCGCGCGUACAAAGGACGGCUAAUUCGCGUAAAAAGAAAAAGAAAAAGAAAAAACUGUACGUCGUAAGCCAGCGAGAGCUGUAGAAAUUAACUAAGCAGUAGUCGUUAAGGCGCCUGAGAAGCGAGUUGCUCGAGGGAGAAGAGAGGAGGAGGAAGAAAGACGCGAUCCUGUAACGGAGGAAUGUUAGCGAAGUAAAAAAAAAAAGCAGAAACGUUAGUAGCGUCUUAGAGUCGUGUAGUUGCUCCUUUCUAAUUAAGCCUCCAGACUUAAGUAACGUGUAUAGUUAAAUGACAAUCACUCGACUCUCUGUAUCGACAAUUGACGAAGGGAAUCUCGGAGAAGCCGUGAUAAGCUGCCUACGCACCGAACCCCCUUUCUUCCCUUCUUUUUCUCGGUCCCCCCAUCCUCAUCCCCCUCCUCGGAGCGAGGCUUUCCCGUGCUCCUGAUCGUGGACUUUCCUUCUUCGAGAGAAUUUCACCGAGCUGGCGGACAACUAGGCGCGAAUUCGCAACCCAACCGGCCAGAGCUGUAAAUGAAAGGAAAAGAAGACGCGUGAAGAUAGAAAAUACGUUGACUCGUUUCUCUCCGGCUCGCGUCGUUAUCGCGACUUAUUUAUCCGAAGUUGUCUAGACUUGUAACUAGGUCGAUGUCUCUCUCGCAAGACGAUUGUUGGAAGGACAGUUUUAUGUCUUUUCGGGACAUUUCGUGGCCGAUAAAUGUAUCUUCAACGGAUUGCCUUUUACCGAUAUUUUAGCCGCAUUAUUCAGUCACCGUAUUAGUUUUGGCACAUUAACGACGAGAGAUCUUGUAAAAGUUGCCUGCGUGCGGAUAUGAAUAUUUCGUUUGAUAAAUUUGUAGAGCUUAGAGUAACAUCUCUGGCGUUUCUCACAUCCCUAUCAGCGUUCGGUAAUUUCGUGAAAAAUCUCAGGUUGUACAUAACUUCUUCACUCUAAGCCUUUCCGAGCAAUCUUGCCAGCUAUUUUUCGCCUGUUUGCAAAAACUUCCAAGCCUAUCGUGACAAGUGUCAGCUCCGCCUUUUAGCUCUCGAACUUUCCAAAUUCCGUGCCCAGGAAGAUCCUUGGUUUUCUGCGUGUACUACCUUCCUUCUUUCCCUUGUCUCACAGUCGUCGUUCGCCGAUUCGAUCAGCUGCCGACGACAAUUCCGCGCGUCGCUCUCGAUAAAGGGAAGGGGUCUCUCCUUUUCCCGCGAGAGAUACUUUUCUGUUAUUGCAGAAACAACGCAUUUGCAACGCGUGAGGACGAUUGUUAAAAUCUGAAAUCGCGUCAUCGGGAGCUCGAUCGUCGGCGAGGCGUGCUUUAAAAGCUAAUAAAUCUUUAAAAAAAAAAGAUAUAUAUGAGAGAGAAAACCAAUCACAUGGGCCAGGAAUUGCGUUGCAAGUCACAAUCAGCUCGUCUCCGGCAAAACAGACAAUUUUCUUUCGACGAGAACCAUUGUCAGAGCGGGCGUUUUAUGGUUAAGCUCUUUCUUAGUAAGUUCGAUUAGGGAUUAGUCUAUCGGUAGAAAGGCGGAGAUCGCGAGUGAUCUUAUUUUUAUUUUUUUUUUGUGUUCGUUGCGCCCUGCACCGCGGUGCGAAUCGCGAUGGAAGCGCGCGGCAGGAGAAAAGAAGAAAGUAAGAGAAACAAAAAUUCAGGGAACACAGUUGUAAUGUGGAGAAAAGGGAGAAGGAGGAGUUAAAAGGGAGGAGAGAUUUCUUUCGGAUCGUCGAGACGAUCUUUUUACUGUCGGUCAGCAUUUACGCGCGCACAUCCACACGUUCGCAUUUAUCAUACAUACACACAUGCAUGAUAUAUAUAUAUAAAUAUAUAAUUAAACACGAGGAUAUAUAUAUCUAUACUUUUUGACACGCGUGAAACACAUACGAUUGACGAUCUUCCACGUGCCUUUUUUUUGGCACGACACGCUCACACGGAAACCAACCACAUGUACAGUGUACGCUGACGCGAUAUUGUUAACAUUAUCGCCCACGACCUUUUUAUAGCUCGACUCUUGGACCCCAGCCCUGUUUUAACGAAAGUGUUUUUCUCGAUUCUCCAUCUCGACAGAUCUGGAGGCGCUUUUACCGUUCGGUCCUUCCUCGGAAAAGAGAUCGACCGUCGUUGGCGCGUAUCUAUUCCAUUGGCUGUAUACCGUUCCAAGUUUUGUAUCGCAAAAUUUUUCUCUCUUCUUGAUUUAAUUUCGUAAUUUUCCCUCCUCUUAAUUAAUUCCCGCGACACAUCUGCUCGCGCGCGAGAGAUCCUAUUUUCUUGAUUCUAUUCGUAUUCAUAAUUUCCUUCUCGUGACUCGCAAAUCGUGCGCGUAAUUUGUUUCGCUAGCCCAAAAGAUAUGUAUUUAGACGACGAGCGUAAACUUUUAUGUGAAUUAGAGAUAAACGCUUCUACGAAUCUCACCCCGCGAAAAGUGGUUCCUUUACGUUAUGCAUGCACGUUCGUGAGAUUACCUCAGGAAAUAUUUAAGAGAAUGUGUACAUAUCACAGGUGCGAGAAGUUCGAUUGUACAAUUGUAUAUCUUCCAGGUCUGUCCGCGUUUUAGCGUCUUACGAGUAUUCCCGUUCCACCACUUUGACAUUAUCGGUAUUAUCAUCGUUCACUACUUCUUCCCGCUGAAGCUACCGAAUUUAUUUUUUUGCGUUUUACUUUUGCGCUUCUUAUCUUUUACUUUUAAUCUUAUUUUUAUACUUUUUAAUUGUCGCCGGUUGCUAUUAUCGCGCCACUGCGAUCUUGACUAUUAUUAGCGCUAAUUAAUAUUAAUUACCUACUCUUAUUAUAUAAUUAUCUUGUUCUUAUCUUUAAUGAAUUCUCCUUCUUUUUUUUUAUCUUAGCAUUAACGACGCGCUUAAUUUACGUGCCGAAAGAGAGAGAGAGAGAGAAAGAGAGAGAGACUGCUCUUCUCGCUGGAAAAACGCACUUGUUACGUUUUAGUAUAUUCUUAUCAUGAUCUUCUUAAUUUUAAUCCUCCGGACUAUCGCUCUUUGAUAACGAUACUAUUGCUGUUCACUCUUACUCUUAUCUCUUACACUAUCUCUUACUCUUGUCUCUGUCAUUUACUGCUACUCUACUCUCACUCUAUUCCACUAUUGCUACUCGUUCUUUACCACUUUUACAGUCACGUUCUCUAUUAUCACUCUUACUUUUCCUCUUCAUCUUUUCUCCCUCUGUCAGAAAUUCAUAACGAUCCGCAUUGCUCGCGGAUUAAUUUGUGACGACUGUUGCUUCGGCGACUUUCGAAAUAAAAAGAAAAGGUGUAAAAUGGGCCUUAUCUCUUUACGAUAAUCGAGUUCACAGCAAUGCGGCCUGUUAUUCUCUACGUUCAUCAUCUAUCUCUUAACUAUAUUACGUCUUUUCUGUCUCUCUACUUCUCUCUCUCUCUCUCUCUCUCUCUCUUCAUCAUCUAUAUUACUUCUAUCUCUCUUAAUCUUUCUCACAUACUCUCUCUCUCUAUACAUAUAUUAUUAUUAUACAUACAUAUAAAUCGCGUAUGUGCUUUAUACUAUACUUCUAUUCUUAUCAUUACUAUAUUACUCUACUAUUGUAUUACUCUACUAUACUAUGAGUGCUACUGUUGCCGCUCCGACCAAUGCUCUUACUGUAACCGUCAAUGCGUUUACGGCCCGUAAGUAACUGUAUGUCCUUGCCUGUUCUUUAUUUUAUCUCGUUUUUAACGGAAACAACGACUUUUAAUCGAAAUUUCCACCUAUCCCUCUCCCCCUUUCCCGCCCCUGCAUCUACUUGGUGUUGCGAAUCUCUACCGUUUUGUUUUUCUCUAUCACACUUACCCUUCCGACACAUUUAUUUCUUCCACUGACUCCCCUUCCUCUGAUAUCACCGAGUGUCGAAGCGAGAAUAAAAAGACUUCGCGAGCGAGCGGGACGAAAGUACAUAUACAUAUAAUUAAUCUUCGAUUUGUCAAGAAAACGAUUGAAACAAGAAAAAAAAAUAAACCUACCCGUUUUUU